CGCAUCAAGUGUCGAAGAAGAGUGAGUAUGGCGCUGGAAGUUCAGCUGUGUAGUUUGGAGGAGUUCCCCUCACACCUGAGUCCUCUGGAGGUUUUGCUCCUUCAAACUCACUUGGAUUCAGUUUUUCAGAAUGCCUCAGACUCUCCGACGGUCCUCUUCGCGGCGCAGCAGCCUCAGCUCAGCGGGCGAACGGGCAUUCUCCUGCGCGUUCACGGCACCACCGAGGAGGAGGUGUCGGGCUGUGGUGGAGCGAGCCUUCCAGCGGGCAGCGGAGAAACGACCCUCCGGCUGUUCACCAGCCGCUUCUUCCUGCGGCACCACCGACUCAAAGGAACCGGCUUUAUUCGACCCAUGGAGCCCGUUAGCCUGGACCGAGUGGUGAUAGGCGCCCGCAGCAAGCAGAGCCUAUGCUGGGCUGGAGCCAAGCAGUUCUCCGCCGGGCUGACGGAGCUCUGCCGCGGGGAAGAGUGGCUGCUUGCACGGCAGGGAGACCCGCUGCUGCUCCCUCUACACCCGCUGCUCGGAGAAGACCCGGAGCAGGUGCGUCAGCUGCUGAUGGAGCUGCAGGUGUUGGACUGCAGUCCCGUCACUCAGGGGAGGAUCACAGCCAACACCGCUCUGGUCCUGACAGAUUUCUGGGACCCAGCGGACCCCCCGGCGCCCCCCGGCCCCUGCAGACCCCUCGGCCUGUGCGUGUCAGACUUUGCCCGUUACGCAGACAGCCUGGGAGGAGGCGGUUCUCUCCUGGACAGCUGGAGGGCGAGCUCGGGCUUAUCGGACGCCGUGCGGGUGCUGGAGUUCCGGCUGGACGUUCGGGUGGUGGACACUCGGCGGUGGUGGGGGGCUGAUCUGGACGGCUGUGUUUUCCUGAGCAAGCAUGUGCUGCUGCGACUCGGUUUGUUUAACCACGAGUGGGUGAAGCUGGGGAGGCCGGGCGGAGCCUCCGCGGAGGAUGGAGAAACGGUCGCCUGCAGAGAGCGGCUGGCGUCUGCGGUGGUGGUGGAUCUGUCGCUCUGCCCGGAGCUGCAGCCUCACGCAGAUGGAGCCUUCAUCUCUGCAACUCUGUGGUUCAACAUGACGGAGGGAGAGGAGCUUCCUGUGAACGGCUUCACGCUAACGAUGAAGAGGUGGAGUCCGUCGCCUGCAGAACCCGACCUUCAUCGCUCAGACAGCUCCUGCCGCCGAGCUUCUCCACCCGUUGCGGUUGAGCUUCACAUUCAGCCCGUCGUCUCUCCGGCGUACAAAAAGCCGAGCUGCUGUGACGAGCUGCUGGCCGAACACUUCAGCACUCCCAGAGUGGUUUCAGAGGGAGACAUCCUGACGGUUCCUACCGAAAACCAUCCGGAGCUGCUGGAAAACGGCUCGGAGGGGAUCUACAGGAGUCCGGCGCUUUUCUUCAGAGUGCAGAAAGUGAAGCCUCCUUCAAACGAAGGACAAGGAGGAGGAGGAGGAGGAGGAGGAGGCGCAUACCUGGCAGACAGAACGCACACCUCCCUCUUUAUGGGGGCGUCCACCAACAGCGCGGUGCCGUGUCUCUCUGCAGACGCUUCCUCUCUUUGGAGCAGCUUAUCUCCACCGGGACUCCACAGAACCGUGGAGCUGCUCAGCAGCAUCAUCCUGCCUCAUCUGCAGCACAGGGAGUCUUUACCCCGGUGCACCGUCCUGCUCCACGGCUCUGCAGGCAGCGGGAAGAUGACGGUGGUCCGAGCGGCGAGCUGCAGGCUCCACCUACACCUGCUGAAGGUGGGAUUUACAUCAACAAAGACAACAUUUUUUUCUUUUUUUAGGAGUUUGUGUUCAGCAGCUUUAGUUGUUGUGUGCGUUCAGGUGGAUUGUGUGACGAUGUGCGCCGACACUCCGGCUGCCUCGGAGGCCAAGCUGGCGUCGGCGUUUCAGCGGGCUGAGGCCCUGCAGCCGUGUGUCCUGCUGCUCAGGAACCUGCAGCUGCUGGUUCGACCGCGUGGAGCCGAGGAGGACGGCAGGGUCCAGGCCGCGCUGUGCCAUCUGCUCAACAGCGCCCCCACCAGGGUGGCUGUGGUGGCGACGGUCUGCAGAGCUCGAGAUCUCUCUGCUGGUGUCAUGGCUGCGUUUGUGCACCGGGUGGAGCUGGAGAGUCUCACAGAGGAGCAGCGGCACGCCAUUCUGAUCAGCCUGAGCCGACAUCUCCACCUGGGGAGAGACGUGAGCCUGGAGAGGCUCUCCAAACUCACCGCUGGUUUCGUUUUGGGGGACCUGAACGCGCUCAUAGUGGAGGCUGGCAGAGCGGCCUGCAGGAGAAUGAUGCAGAACUGUGGCUCCCGGGAGCAGGAAGAUCUGUGCUCCAGUGGAGUGACCGUCCAGAACCUGGACUUCACCUCUGCUCUGGAGGUGCUGCAGGAUGCUCAGUCUAAAGCCGUCGGAGCCCCAAAGAUCCCGAACGUGCGCUGGGAGGAUAUCGGAGGCCUGCAGCACGUGAAGAGGGAGAUCUUGGACACGGUUCAGCUUCCGCUGCAGCAUCCGGAGCUUCUGUCUUUGGGCCUGAACCGGACCGGGGUCCUGCUGUACGGACCGCCCGGGACAGGGAAGACCCUGCUGGCCAAAGCUGUGGCCACAGAGUGCUCCAUGACCUUCCUCAGUGUCAAAGGGCCAGAGCUCAUCAACAUGUAUGUGGGUCAGAGUGAGGAAAACAUCAGAGAAGUGUUCCACAGAGCACGCUCAGCAGCUCCAUGCGUCGUCUUCUUUGAUGAACUGGACUCUCUGGCUCCCAGCAGGGGGCGCAGUGGAGACUCAGGAGGGGUGAUGGACAGAGUCGUGUCGCAGCUGCUGGCCGAGCUCGACGGCCUGAACUCGUCCGCUGGAGUCUUUGUGAUCGGAGCCACAAACCGACCGGACCUUCUGGACCAGUCUCUGCUCAGGCCCGGCAGGUUUGACAAGCUGGUUUAUGUAGGAAUCAAUGAGGAUCGUGUCUCCCAGCUGCAGGUUCUUCAGGCCAUCCUCAGAAGGUUCCAGUUGGAUCCGGCUGUGAACCUCCAGGAAGUGGUGGAUCGAUGCCCGGCUCUAAUGACCGGUGCCGAUCUUUAUGCUCUCUGUUCAGACGCCAUGACUGCCGCCAUCAAAAGGAAAAUUUUGCUCAUCGAGGGCGGUCUGGACUCUGAGGAGUCUCCCGUGCUCCUCUCCGCCGAGGAUUUCUCCUCAGCGCUGGAAACCUUCAAGCCGUCUGUUUCUGAGCAGGAGCUGCAUCGAUACCAGAACAUCCAGAAGAAACUGACAGCAACGUAGAAACAAGCUUAAGUUUCAGAGCUUUAAGAAGGUCUUUGAGUGAAGCAAAAAUGAAAGGAUUGUAAUGGAAAACGCUGAUCAGAACCGAGAAACCACUGCUGUAAAACGGAUCAAUGUAAAUGAUGUAAAAAUGUUAAUUUAUGAAUGUAAUUAUUUUUAAUACACAAAAAACAUCUGAGGAUUCAA